AUGCAUGAUCCUCCACCACCGGUACUCCCACCCAAGCCGGGAAGCCACGACACAAGUCGUAUCGGCACGCCGAUUAUGCUCAACUCGCCCCGGCACGGCAACGGCAACGGCACCGGACCUGAUGUGGAGAGUGCAGGUGGGAGCCGUCUGAACCAAGUCUCUCAGCCGGCCGGGCUCGAAAUAGCCCGACCUGAGUCUGUGCCUGAUCCGGGCGAACAUUGGCUUCCCAAGGUGUUGCAAGACAAGGCAAAACAUGACCUCGCUGACGUAGCGACCAACGUGGACCUGCUUAAUGCCCUUGCACAUGCACCAAGUACGAUUCACCCAUCUCUCUCGUCGUCUCAUCAGGCCCUUCAAGCGGCCUUGACCGAGAACCUUGAGCUCGCGUCACGGCUUGUGGAACUCGAGGCUCGUCUAGCCCACCAGCGCUCCACGACGCAAGCGCAGCUUCUUUCAACACAUGCGCUCGAGCGCCAGUGGCGGCAGAAGCAAUCCGAUAUGGACCACGCGUUAGCACCCUUCUCACCGGCUGCCAUGUACCAACGUCUAGGGCAAGGUGUCCAUGAGCAGGCCUCGGUAUGCCAUGUCUUGGAGGAGAGCUUCAUCGACGGAGAGGGAGAUGGCGCGUAUGCGUCGGAGAGAGAGACGUUGGACUGGAUCAAGAGGUACAGAGACGCCAAGGUGCUUUAUUAUCUUCGUCAGGAGAGGAAGGAGCGGUGGGACGAAGGUCGCGUUGGUGGCUGGAGAUGA